AAGGAACCGCAGGAGCAGUCGGCCGGCCCCGAAGGGCCCUACCUUGGAGGAAAGAAAGGGGGGGGGGUUUCGAACUUGGGCCAAAAGGGCGGACAUUCAGGUGAAUACUCGACAGUGCUAGUGUCGGCCAGAGAACGAAGGUGCUUACGGUUUGUCCGAAGGUGUCAUGGAGUCCGAAAUUGAAAAUGGUCAAAGGACGGAGAUAAACGAAGCUGAAAUAUCAGCUGCAGACGAAGGAAAAGAUGUUUCAUUUCGAGAUAUAGGAGUCGUAGACGUUUUAUGUGAAGCUUGUGAACAGUUAAAAUGGAAGUCACCUUCAAAAAUCCAAAAGGAGGCAAUUCCAAUUGCCUUACAAGGCAAAGAUGUAAUAGGUCUGGCAGAAACUGGAUCUGGAAAGACAGGAGCAUUUGCACUUCCAAUAUUACAGGCAUUAUUGGAGAAUCCUCAGCGUUACUUUGCUUUAAUUCUGACUCCAACUAGGGAAUUAGCAUUCCAAAUUUCAGAAUAAUUUGAAGCACUAGGAUCAAGUAUUGGUGUGAAAUGUGCUGUAAUUGUUGGAGGGAUGGAUAUGAUGUCACAGGCAUUAACACUUGCCAAGAAGCCUCAUAUUCUAAUUGCUACACCAGGUCGACUAGUGGAUCAUUUGGAAAACACAAAAGGAUUCAAUCUUCGUGCUCUCAAAUUUCUGGUUAUGGAUGAAGCAGACCGCAUUCUGAACAUGGACUUUGAAGUAGAAGUAGAUAAGAUACUGAAAGUAAUUCCGCGGGAACGUCGGACUUUCCUGUUCUCUGCAACGAUGACUAAAAAAGUACAGAAAUUGCAGAGGGCUUCAUUGAAAAAUCCAGUUAAAGUGGAAGUUUCCACAAAGUAUCAGACAGUUGAAAAACUGCAACAGUAUUACAUCUUUAUUCCACUCAAGUUUAAGGAUGUAUAUUUGGUUCACAUUUUGAAUGAGAUGGCUGGAAAUUCCUUUAUGAUCUUCUGCUCAACUUGCAGCAACACGGUCAGAACAGCAUUAAUGCUGCGCAGCUUGGGCUUCACAGCUGUUCCUCUCCAUGGUCAAAUGUCACAGAACAAACGCCUAGGAGCACUCACAAAGUUCAAAGCAAAGGAUAGAUCUAUUCUUAUCUCCACUGAUGUAGCUAGUAGGGGUUUGGACAUACCUCAUGUUGAUGUUGUUAUCAACUUUGACAUUCCAACACAUAGCAAAGAUUACAUCCAUCGAGUUGGCAGGACAGCUAGGGCUGGUAGAGCUGGUAAAUCAAUCACAUUUGUGACUCAGUAUGACGUCGAACUUUAUCAGAGGAUAGAGCAUCUUAUAGGAAAACAGCUGCCUUUGUACAAGACUGAGGAAGAGGAAGUGAUGGUACUGCAAGAGAGAGUUUCCGAAGCCCAGCGAGUUGCUAAAAUGGAGAUGAAAGACAUAGAAGCAAGAACAUUUGGAAAAGGGAAACGAAAAAAAGGAGGUGGAGAAGAUGAUGAUGAUAAUGCAGACUCACAAGGAGUCAGAAAGAGGCUCAAAGGCAACAAAAAGGUAAAAACGUGUAAGAAGUAAUACAUGUUGUACAUUGAAUGACUUAUCUAUGGGCAGUGUCUAUUGUAUAGAGAUCUCUAACAAGAAUGGGCUGUACCCAGUAUAUGUGAAUUUGGCAUUAGAUGGGUAAAUAUAAAAAAUGUACAAUGUCUGAUACAUCAAGCACAUAGCAUAAAUAAAUGAAAGAUUAUCAGGAACUGCUAUGUUUAUAUUGUAAGUCUGUGUGUUGUUACUGAACAAUGUGACCUGUGUAUAAAUAUUGGUAUGUACCAAAGUAUACGGUGUCAUAUCCAAGAAGACUGUUAUCAUAAUGUGUUGUCCUGAAUAUUUUCUGUUUCAAUAUAUCUCGCAUGUUUCUUG